AUGGAGAGGCUCACACAAGAACAAAUCAUUCAGCAACAACAACAACAGCCUCCUCUCAAGUGCCCUCGUUGCGAUUCUUCGAACACGAAGUUUUGUUAUUACAACAAUUAUAGUCUGUCGCAGCCGAGGCACUUCUGCAAGGCGUGCAAGAGGUACUGGACUCGCGGAGGAACCCUAAGGAAGGUUCCGGUUGGUGGAGGGUGUAGGAAGAACAAAAGAGUUAAGAAGACGAUGAUGACACCAGCAACUGAGUCGUCCAAUUCGCCUUCGUUAUCGGCUCCAGUGACGACUGCGGGUACUAAUACUAACCCUAGUCUUGCGCGAAUUGAUCGCGUCAGUCCUCUCGUUUACGGCGUGCACUCGAAUAAUGCCUCGUCUUCGGAUCUGAACCUGUCGUUUCAGAGGUUUAAUUCAGUGACGGAUUCAGCUCCGGUUUAUGACUACAAUCUUCAGCAGAAUCUACUAGGGUUUUCGUCAGCCGGUCUGAUGGCUAAUCAUAUUUCUAGUUCGAAAUCAUUUCUCUCGAACUACGUUCCGUCUCCUCUAUAUGCGUCUUCUACUUCAAGUACUGUUUCUCCUUCUCUUAUCACAACCUCUUGUUUUAACCCUGAGCCCGAAAAGUCUAUCGGCGCUCAGAACAACUUUUUCGGCAUCAUCCCUAACUACCCAGACAUGCAAAUGCAAGCGAAUAAUAACAAGUACGGAAUAGAAGGCUCAACUGAUCCGAAUUCCCUCUUUUCAGUUGGCGCCAGCUGGUUCGAUCCUGCAAAUUUUGGCUCUUCGGUCCCGUCCCUGAUCUAG